AUGAUAGACCCGUAUUCGAUCUAUGAUCUAGCAGGAAGUAUGAAUGUGCCUGUGACAAAGUGUAAACUAACUAACGGACAUUCAAUCAUUCAGCUACAGGAUCAGAAGUCGUUGCAGGUUGGCUGCUGUUUAUGUGUAUGGUACCUCUUUUCUACAUGGUCUACAUUCAUUAAUAAAGUAUUGAUCAAGGAGUAUCAUGUAUCGGCUGAAAUGCUUACGAUGUGUCAUCAUUUCAUAAGUAUUAUCCUUGACUUUGUCGUAUUGACAUUCCCAAGAUCUUCUACAAUUACUGGAACAUGGCGCAUGCAGAGACCUUGCAUACGUAGAAUCAUGUGGAUUGUACCACUUAGUCUCUUCUCCAUAUUGGCCAAGACAAUGACGUACUGGAGCUAUAAUGCCGUGCCAGUGUCGAUAGCACAAACGUGCAAAGCGUCGCAGCCCUUAUUCAAUGUAGUUCUGGCCUACAUGGCCUACCGCUCACGGUUUUCCUUUGCUACGUACUUGACUCUUAUCCCGAUCGUCUUUGGUGUUGUCAUGGCCUCGGUCUCUGAAAUGGGCAUGAAUGAUCUUGCUUUCUCAGGUGCUAUGUUUGCUGUAACAUCUUCACUACUGGGUGUCAUGCAGAGCAUGUAUGCAAAGUUCCUAUUGCGUCGUCAGGUUGUUGUUGAUACUGUAAAUCUUCACUUUUAUAGUGCGUUCAUGUCUUUUGCUAUCAACGCACCAUUCGUACUCAUGUCGACACGGGCUCACCAAGACAACUUUGUUGCAAGUUUUCCGUUCAGUAAGGUGUUGAUGUGUAGCAUGAUGCACUUUGUCGGCAGUUUCUGCGCAUCAUGGGUGCUUGGCGAGGUAUCUGAGCUCACCUUUUCCAUCAUGGGUACAAUGAAGCGUGUGGUUGUUAUACUUAGCGCUGUGCUUUACUUUGGCAACCCGGUUACCUUCCAGUCGAUUUUUGGCACGGCACUUGCGAUUGGUGGAGUGGCUGGCUAUCAGAUCCUCAAGAUAACGGAGAAAGAAGCUAAAAUGCUGCCGUUGCCGCUUACGGUCAAAACAUCCGAGUGA